AUGCCAAAGAUCUCGCGUCAUCGUAAUUAUCGUAAGACGUACCGUACGCCAUCACGUGCGUUUGAAAAAGAACGUUUGGACCAAGAACUCAAAUUGCUUGGAGAGUACGGACUUCGUUGUAAGCGUGAGAUUUGGCGAGUUCAAUACGCUUUGUCCAAGCUACGAAAGGCUGCGCGUGAACUUUUGACGCUUGACCCGAAAGAUCCCAAGCGUCUUUUUGAAGGAUCAGCGCUUUUACGUCGUUUAAAACGCUUUGGAAUGCUUGCUGAAGAUGAGAAUGAACUGGAUUUUGUUUUGCGUCUUAAUGUGCAAAAGCUUUUGGAACGUCGUCUGCAGACAAAAGUUUUUAAGCAGAAUCUUGCCAAGUCCAUUCAUCAUGCUCGUGUCUUGAUUAAGCAACGUCACAUUCGUGUGGGCAAACAGCUUGUAGACGUUCCUUCGUUCCUUGUGCGUAUGGACUCGGAGAAGCACAUUGACUUUGCUGUCACGUCUCCUUACGGCCAAGGACGUCCUGGUCGUGUCGCUCGUCGUCGUGCUGCUCAACGUGCUGCUGCAGGUGGCGAAGAGGAUGAAGAAUAA